CUGUUGAUUGUUAUUAUGAUUGAAUAUUUUAUCCUUCAUUCUCAGACAUGUGCCCAGUCUCUACGACACUCUAAAGAUGAGAGCUUGAAGAAGGCUUUCCUUCCCAACAUACGUUUGUUUCUGCACAACGACAGCAUCAACAUGAGCGAGUGGAACAGACUAUCACAUUUUAACAACCCUUUUGGUUUUAUGGAGUACCAGUACAACGAUGUGAUGUCAGUACUGAAGUUGAUCCCAAAGCCAAAAGAGCCAUUACUCCUUCCAAAGCCAGGAAGUGGCGGGUGUGUGAGAUGUGCUGUGGUGGCCACUGGUGGGAUCCUCAAUGGCUCUAAAAUGGGGAAAGAGAUCGACGCUCACGACUACGUUUUCCGGAUGAACGGUGCAGCCAUUAAAGGUUUUGAGGAAGACGUAGGAAACAGAACAUCAGUGUACGUUCACACAGCCCACUCCAUCACUGCGUCGCUGAUAUUUUUCGAGAACUAUGGAUACACAUCUGCCCCUCAUGAUGAGGGUAUAAAAUAUGUGCUGAUUCCUGAGGGGAUGAGGGAUUUCAACUGGCUAGAGGGGCUUUUCAAAAGAGAAAGGAUCUCUACUGGCCCGUAUACCAAUGAACGGCCAUGGACCUACUAUGGCGGGCAGUACAAUGAGAGCCGCUUCUAUGUUCUGCACCAGGAUUUCCUCAGAUAUGUGCGGAACAGGUUCUUAAAGUCUGAUUAUCUGAAUGAUUCAGACUGGGCGAUAGUCAGACCAACCAAUGGGGCAUUCACUCUCUUUCUGGCUCUGCACACCUGUGACACUGUGAACGCAUAUGGAUUCAUGACUGAGGACUACAAGGAAUAUUCCAACUACUAUGUUGAGAAGAAUGUUAAAACUGAUGUCAUUUUCUACGCCAACCACGACUACAUCCUGGAGAUGAAAUUGUGGAAACAAUUGCAUGACAUUAAAGUAAUGAGGCUAUAUCAAAGAACAGACUCAGAAACUGGGACAGAAAAGCUGAAGCAACACUGACACACUUUGUUCACCCUUCUUCAAAAAGCCUUGCCUGACAAUGUGUGACCGACUGCAACACUGUUUAGAUUAGCUGUGAUAAAUAGGGGCAUUGAUCUGGUUAACCAGGUUUGUUUUUCAGUUCUGGUCAAACAGGAAAUGGAAAACAACAUACAAUGGUUAACAAAUUCAUCACACCACUGAUGAAAAAUGUAAUAUUAUAACCUUCAUGAAGGUAGGAAUUAUAGAAGGCUAAUGUAUUGGUGUAUUGGUUGGUAUUAGUUAAUUGUAAUUGCAAAAAUUCAUAUAAAGGUACUGUUGUUUUUUAGCAUUGUUUUCCCAUGUCAUCCCAUUACAUCUCAGUGGUGGAAGAACUUGUAUUUUAUCUGAGUAUUUUGAUAUCAUGACACACUUCCUAUUUCCACUUCUUAUUUGACAGCUACACAUUUUUGCACACCAAACAUGUAAAUGUUCAAGUAAUUGUUAACUAUUUUGAUAAACAUGUAGUGAUUUUUCAUGCAAUAAUGCCAAACAUUUCAUGGUUCCAGUGUCUCAGAUGUGAGGACUUGCUGCUUUCCCUUUUAAUUAUUUUUAAUACUAAGUAAAGAAAGUAAACUUCUGUA